AUGGAUACAGACCUUGUCCCCAAUGUUCCAGGGCUUUUGCAGCAUCUAACUGAACAGAGGCAAGCUCUCCUAGAUGCACAGUCCAAGAAGGGUCAGCACCCGAGUGCAACAAAGUCCCGAGACGAGAUAAUAAUGCAGUUCAUGCAUCAGAAGAUGAGCAACAAGCCUCCAGUUGGAUCGCAUGCUGUGCAAACAUCCUUUCUUCCUCCUGCCUACAAUCCUUGUCUCGUUUCAUUGAGGGAACUGAAGAAACUCAUGAUUAAGGAUCUCACCCUCGAGACCCAUCAUCGUGCGUCCUACGUCCUGCUGAGGGCGGUUACCCCGACGGAUAUCAUGGCCGCCAUCAUGGCUAUUGUGGAAGAUGAGAACGGAGAUGUUGUUCUAUUGACGGUCUAUCAUCAUUUGGCAGAACAUUCUCUGGACAGCCUUCUUUGUGAAGGAACAAUCCUGGUUGUGAAGGAACCUUACUUGAAGAUAAACGCGGAUGGGGGGUAUGGGAUCAGAGUUGAUCAUUUUUCCGAUAUCAUGGUUAUUCCAGAGCAAAAGGACCUUGUUCCGUUAGCUUGGAGAGAUAGGGCAACUGAGAUUGAACUCACUGCCAGCGACUGGAAAAUCAAGGGCAAUGAACUGUUUCAAAGGUCCCGCUAUCGUCUUGCUAUCCAGUGUUACUCUGACGGCUUAGAGUCUGCUCCCACGAACGAAGAGGCAUUGAUUCUUCGACUCAAUCGCGCGCUCGCUUCGCUAAGAACACACCAAUUUGACGCAGCUCUUCGUGAUCUUGAGUACCACGCCCCGGGGUCCGAACCAUCCGAGAAACUGCUUUCCGCUUUGUACUCGCUCCAGAGAUUCCGAGAGGCCUGCGACGUUCAUAUUUUGCUGAGCAAGGCCUACCCACCUCGCCAGACUUCAAAGGAAGAAUUUGAUCGGGCUUUAGCACGACUUGCAGAGCAGAAUAAAGGCAAAUAUCAAUUCAAGAAACUGCAUGAUGAAGCCAGGAGAAACCGCCCGAUCAACCUCGACCAUGCUACAUACAUUGGCCCUGUGACUGUGAAGCCCACUGAGUCGUGCGGAAGAGGUCUAUUCACCACCCAAGCAGUGAAGCCUGGCGAUCUUCUCUUAUGUGAGAAAGCCUUCUCUUAUGCGUUCCAGGAUGCCGACGAGCCCAAGCCCAAUAAAAAGCUCACCCUUUUUAUCAAUCCACAAACGAACCGCGUGAGUGGGGAUUCCCAAGUACGGCUACUUGAGACAACCGUCCAAAAGCUCUCCAAGAACCCAUCGCUCAUGUCAGCCUUUAACGAUCUCUACCAUGGCUCGUACAAGCCCGUUGAGAUCGUAGAGGUAGAUGGUAUUCCAGUCGUGGAUACUUUCCUCUCAGAGUGUAUCAUCUCUUUGAAUGCAUUCGGCUGCCCUAUCCUCUCUCAUGAAUCUCAUAUCAAUGCUACGGCAUGUGCGAGGGGUCCCCAAAGCGAGGGAGACCAAUAUCAGGCAUGUGGGAUAUGGCGCCUGGCAUCCUACACCAACCACUCUUGCAACAGUAAUGCGAGACGUGCAUUUAUUGGAGAUAUGAUGAUAAUCCGUGCGACGAGGAAUCUUCCUCCAGACAGUGAAAUUACCUUCUGGUACAAAUCUCCUGUCGAAGGCGGGUCCACGGACGAACAAGUGGACCUAGCGCACUGGGGCUUCAAGUGCACUUGCGUCAUAUGCCAUAACACCGACGAGACCCCGGGCACUGCCUUGGCAAAGAGAAAGAAACUCAAGGCCGAUUUGAUGGAAGCCUUUGAGUCUCCUGGUAAGCCCGACACAAUCAAGAUAGAAGCCACCAUCGCUUCCUUGGAGGACACAUAUCAUCGCCCACUCUCUGAAGUUCCUCAGCUCGGUAUUUGGGAUGCGUAUUUGGCACUUGCGAUGAUCUAUGCCGUGUAUGACCGGCCUGAGAAAGCCAUUGAGUCGGCUUUUAGAACGCUAGAAUCACUUGGCUAUGUCAUUGAGGGCGGAAGGCCUCCCUUUCCUCCUACCGCGCCCCUUCUUGUCAAGAAAUGGGGUUUGAUGAUGGAUGGUCUCGUGGGCUGCUGGAUGUGUCUCGCCGGUGUCUAUCGGAAGAGGUACCCCUGGCUUGUGGCCCAAUCAGAGGAGUAUGCCAGGAUAAGCUAUCUGGCUUGCAUCGGGGAAGACGAGACAUUCAAGGAAACCUACAGUACGGAGUCGGGCCGACCUGAUGGUCUUCGCGUCUCAAAGACCUAG